GAGCAAAAUGUGGACUCCAUCGAAUAAUAAAUACGGUGUCGCAAUACACAAUUGGCACGGUGAUGUCCGCUGCGGCCUUGCCUUAGACGUUGGUGAUUCUGUGGAAAUUCUAGAAGAAUGUCCAAAUUGGUUUCGCGGCACAUGUCCACGCAAAUCUCGCGCCGUGGGAAUAUUCCCCAAAACCUAUAUACACAUAAAAGACUUAAGCAAAAUCGAUCCUGUAGUAGCGGAAUGUACACAAGUUCUACGCGAGUGGUCGGAAAUAUGGAAGAAAUUAUUUGUGGAUCGUGAAACAUAUAAAUUCACAACAUUAAGGAAAGUAAUGUUGUCCAUAUUGGAAAGCCGCCGUGAAUUGUUGGGCGCCACACUAACCCAAGAUCAAACAUUGGAAUUGCAAAUGACUGUGGUGUCAAAAAUCGAUUGGGGUAAUCGAAAACUUGGCCUUGAUUUGGUACCACGUAUUGGCCCCUUGGCUGUAGAUCCUCAUAACAUUGGAAUUGUUGGACUAUAUAAUGUUCAUGUCACAAGUGCCGAUAAUGCCAAAGCCUCAUCGAGUCGAGGUACUUUGCGCCGUAAAACCCAACGAAAAAUCCUCACCCACCAUUUAUAUUUUUGUAUGCGGGAAUUUGGUUAUCGCAUUGGUGGUGGUGACGAUGCUGAAGUCUAUUUCUAUUUAUACGAUGCGAAUAAUAUGAAGGCCGUGUCGGAACGAUUUGUGGUGAAAAUAUGUAAAGACGGAUAUGCGAAUUACAUUGAAAGGGUCAAUAGUAAUUGUACAGUGUUCACCGAUUUGGGUGCUGCCGAUUUAAAUGAGGAUCUCUAUUUGGUGGCUGUGGUAAUGCGUGUGGGUAAAAUUUUACCCAGCGAAAAGUCAAGUAACAAUUCCUGUUGUACCGGCACUUCGGCAUAUCGCCGACCAUUUGGUGUUGGUGUUCUUUCGUUGGCCGAUAUUGGCCAUUAUGAUACCACCAUUGAAUCCGAGGAAAAGGAUUUCAACAUCAAACUGGUCUAUCACAACGAUGAGAAGGAUUUUCAUCAGCUGCAUGAAUUGAUUAUUAAAAAAUCGAGCAGUAAAUUCCAACCGAUAACAACAAUAAAUCAAAACAAUCAGGGUAUAAUUGUCUCACUGAAGUUAUUGCAUGGUGGUUUGGGUCAGGCGAGACAAGAACAACCUUUGCUCUUCCAGGGUAGUACAAUUACACGGAAAAUGGGCUUCCCCGAUGUCAUUAUGCCGGGUGAUGUGCGCAAUGAUAUGUUCAUCACGUUGGAAAGGGGUGAAUUUGAGCGGGGUGGCAAAAAUACAGCGAAAAAUAUACUCGUUACGGUUGUGGUCCUGGAUGUUGCUGGCAAUGUCCUAUCAGAAUGUCUAUGGGGUGCUUCGGGUAUGGAUACCCAAAAUUACUACAAAUCCAUGAUUCUCUAUCAUCAGAAUGCACCCUGCUGGAAUGAAAUGUUACGGCUAAGUGUACCCAUUGAUAAAUUCUCGGCGGCCCAUGUACGCUUCGAAUUUCGCCACUGUUCGACAAGGGAAAAAUCUGAACCGAAGUUGUUUGGUUUCAGUUUUGCCCGUCUCAUGGAUCCCAGUGGUGCCACCCUGGCCGAUGGCCAACAUGAGCUUUACGUCUACAAAUGUGAAGAUUCCGCCAAGCUAACCACUGCCAAUUAUUUAAUAUUACCCUGUAAACCCAAAGAUCCGCAUGCCAAGGCGGAAUGUAGUUCCACAUUUCAUCGCAGUUCCAAGGAGGUGUUUGUAAUGCGUUCGCUGCUGUGUUCCACGAAGUUGACCCAAAAUGCCGAUUUACUGUCGUUGCUACAAUGGCGGGCCCAUCCAGAAAAGAUACAAGAUUCUCUAACGGGUGUGCUAAGGCUUAACGACGAAGAGCUGGUAAAAUUCUUACAAGAUGUACUCGAUGCUCUCUUUGCCAUGUUCUCCAAUGAGGAGGGCAAUAGCACUCAACAUUCCGGUUUAGUCUUCCAUGUCCUCGUGAGCAUUUUCAGUCUUCUGCAGAGUAAUAAAUUUCAACAUUUUCGCCCUGUCAUGAAUGAGUAUAUUGAAAAUCAUUUUGCUGCCGCAUUGGUGUACAAGGGUCUAAUUACCUCUGUUGAACAUAUGGCUGUGUUCCUGACAAAAGCCGAACAUCCCGACCCUUUUCAAAAAUGUUUUGGUUCUUUGGAAUAUAUUUUUAAACUUUUGAUACAGUCACGUAAGCUCUUCGCCCGGGCCACAGGUGGUCAAUAUGAGGAUUCAUUUCGCCGUGAUUUACAUUCACUAUUUACCGCUCUCAAUGGUAUGUUGGCGGUGCCGUCAUAUGAUUUGAUUAUACCCACUCAAGAGGCUUUGCUAAGUUCGACGGGUGUGGUUUUGGAACAAUUGAAGGAUACCCUACCGGCACCGGAAUUGGGUAUGCUGGCACGCAAUAUGUUGGAUGCCAUACCACGAGAUGCUCCGGUGCGCUUGAUUCAGGCCAAGUUACAGGCGGUUAAGGAUUUGGUGUCGGGCGAACUUUUCCGGGAAGAUGAUUCCCGCACCGUCAUCCUCUCCGUGGCCUGCAAACACUUGCGCAUGCAUCUCAGUCGCCGUAAUGAAUUGAAACUUUGUGCCGAUAUUUUGGCGGAAAUUCUCACCCAUCUCUAUGAUCUGCAAAAAGAACAAAAGGACAAAGUCACCAACACACUGCAGCACGAUUUAGAUUCGCUGUGUAAAAAUAUUCUGGGAAUUCUAAUCAAAACAAUAAUUAUCAUAAUCGAGGGUUCAAAUCCUGUCGUACCCCAAUUGGUAGCCUGCAUGUUGGGCCUGCUACAACUUUUGGAUGAAACUCAAUACAAACGUUACUGGGAUGAAUUGUGCCCCAAUAAAGAUCCUCGAGAUCUAAAGGAUUUCCUUUCCAGUUCAUUACUGGUAUUCGAAGAACUUCUCUCGCAGGAUUGGUUAGUCUUUCCCAACGAUUGGUUAAUUAUGAAAUUGGCCUGCAAUGAUGUGCUACGCAAAUCUCUGGAAGAAUUUGCUAAACCUUUGGUCUAUCGUUUCUUAUCAACGAAAUCAUUUGAUUUUCAAUUAUGGCGAAAAUAUUUCCAUUUGGCUGUGAUCUUCCUAACCCAACCCUCUUUGCAAUUGGAAAAAUAUCGUGAACCUAAGAGACGUAAAAUUCUACAUUCACAUGGUGAUAUGCGUGUCCUAAUGGGUUUUCAAAUAUUGAGUAUGUGGUCACAGUUGGGUGAACAGAAAUUAAAUUUUAUACCAUAUAUGGUGGGGCCGUUCCUGGAGGUUACUUUGGUGCCGGAACCAUCGCUAAGGAAAGCUACACUAACUGUAUUCUAUGAUAUGAUUCAGUGUGAACAGAGUGCCCGUGGCUCUUUCCGUUGGGUUGAAAGUGAACUUAUCGACAAAUUAGAUUUGCUAAUAAGUGAAAAUAAGGGCGAUGAUGAAUAUCGCGAACUUUUCAGCACCAUGGAACAUCUAAGUCUGGUUCUUCUUGAAAAGGUCCAAAAUGAAAAUCCCAUUUGGAAAGAUGCUGGCACGGCAUUUAUUGCCUCAGUUACACGUCUCUUGGAACGUUUACUCGAUUAUCGUAGCGUCAUGCAGGGUGAAGAGAAUCGUGAUAAACGCAUGUCCUGCACGGUAAAUCUUUUGAAUUUCUAUAAAAAUGAAAUCAAUCGCAAAGAAAUGUAUUUGAGAUAUAUUUACAAAUUACAUGAUUUACAUUUGCAAGCUGAAAACUAUACGGAGGCUGGUUUUACAUUAAAACUAUAUGCCGACAUGUUAAGUUGGGAUCGUGAAACAUCAAGUUUAUCGCCAAAUGGUAAUGAUGGCCAGCCCGAGUGGCAGCGAAAGGAACAAUUGUAUCAUGAGAUCUUAAAAUAUUUCGAUAAAGGCAAAUGCUGGGAGAAAGGUAUACCACUGUGCAAAGAACUAGCCUUACUUUACGAGACGAAACGAUUCGAUUAUAAUAAAUUAAGUGAAAUUCUAAUAUUGGAAGCUAAAUUCUUUCAAAAUAUACUAACACAACUGAGGCCAGAACCGGAAUAUUUCCGAGUGGGUUUCUAUGGCUUGGGCUUUCCACUAUUUGUGAGGAAUAAACAAUUCGUUUAUCGUGGCCUCGAGUAUGAACGUAUCAGUGCAUUUACCCAACGUUUGCAAACCGAAUUUCCAGCUGCCCAAACUCUGAACACCAACAGUCCACCGGAUAAUUCCAUUCUUUCGGCACCCGAACAAUAUAUACAAAUAAGUAAUGUAAGACCAGUGGCCGACGCCCAACCAUUGAAAACGGCCAUGGUAACGGUACCGGAAAAAAUUGCCCGCUUCUAUGAAGUGAAUGAUGUUAGCCGUUUCAUAUCCGAUCGUCCCAUACACAAGGGUCCCGUCGACAAAGACAACGAAUUCAAAAGUCUAUGGAUUGAACGUACCACGUUGGAUAUUGCCCAACCGUUGCCGGGCAUUUUACGUUGGUUUGAGGUUAAACAUAAAUCCGUUCAGGAAUUGACACCCGUGGAAUUUGCCUGCGAAACGAUGCAUAAUGUGGGCAAAGAUAUAUGGGAUUUGAUACAACAGUAUCGUCAGGAUCCCAAACGUAAUAUCAAUCCGUUUUCAAUGCGUCUGCAGGGUGUCAUCGAUGCCAAUGUUAUGGGUGGUAUUAGUAAAUAUCAAGAAGCCUUUUUUACGGAACAAUUUCUGAAGUCACCUCAGGGUCAGGGUCAACAGGCCAAUGUACAAAAAUUGAAAGCUUUAAUAUUGGAAAAAAUACAAAUUCUAGAUCAGGCAUUGGAGUUACAUGGUCAAUUGGCUCCGGCCGGGGUACAGCCGUUGCACAAUCGUCUCUUGGAACGUUUUUCACAGCUGAAACAAAGUCUUUCGGGUUUAGGGCGCCUCAAGCGCCAGCCUUCCGAGAGUAUUGUGAAUACACCUUUGCCACCAUUGCCCACUGAGAAACGUUUGAUGGGUGUUACUACUGCCGGAGCCCCUAAUGCUCUGGCCUCAAAUUAUUAUGAAACUGAUGAAAUUUAUACAAGACCCGGAGACACUCUAAGGCCGGUUGAAUCAAUUGUGGCCAUGAAUAGAUUCUGUGCCAACAACUCCUAUCAAACACUGAGCAAGGAAAACUUGUCGAAUAGUAUUGGUCAUGAUGUUGCGACAGCAACAAUAAAUAAGGACAAUUCAGAGAGCUGUCCUCCGCCCAUACCAAAUAGGCCUAGAUCACAAAACUUUUCCAAUUCUCUGUCAAUGGAUGGUCCGGAGGUGCCACCAAAACGCACACAUCAGGUGCCAGGUUCACCAGGGGCACCGCCUCUACCACCCAGAGGUAUAACGCCCGACAAAAGAGCUUCCAAUCCGAUGAUUUUCAAUGAUUUCUCUAGUGAGUCUCCCGCUUCAAGUAUGCCCCGGAGACCCCACUCCACUUCACAUCAGCACAAUCAAAAAUAUGCCGUUGUAGAUAUUAGUUUUGAUGACCCAGAGGCCGAUCAGCAGCAUUUAACGCAUUCAAUGAAUUGUCAUGCCUCCUCCUCCGCCUCGGAUAAUCAUCAUUUGUCCACCUUGUCAUAUGCUCCAAAUGAUUUUCGUGAUUCGGGUAUAUCCACCACGAGUACCCACGAAUUGAAUCAUUUAAAUAAUUUGAGUGAAGAAUCAUCUUCGAAUUCCAUGAGUACGGUACAUCAUCGUGAUCAUUGUCGCCUCAGCUCAAGUGGCAGCAUGGAAAAUGGUCAAUAUUUAUCGUCCAGUCAUAACAAUGGCGUCGGUGGUGGUUUAAGUUCAACACAACGGGAGAACUCCUCAAGUUCCUUUGAUGUGGAAGAUUUGCCCAUGCCUCCACCACCCAUACCACCAAAAUCAUUGAAUAUCAUUGGCAAUGCAACAUCCAUGAAUGAGUCAUCUUCAUCGGAAGGUCCUUCCACCAACACCACCACCAACAACAAUACACACAAUCAUUCCACCAAUACAUUGCAGCACACAGCAACGGCAUCAUCAUCCACCGCACCACAUACACACCCGCACUCGCACCUCCAUCAUCAUCAACAUCACAGUCAUAUGCAUGCCGCCCAGAAUGGUCACACCGCCAAUGACGGUUAUGUAUCACCUAAGGCCGCCAUGGCCCACAGUAGUAGUACACAAUCGGCAGGAAAUGCAAGAGCAAUUACAAUAUGUCGCUGCCACCAUCAAUCGCCAACAUCGACAUCUAGCAUAGACUUUAAUACGAAUACGGAAACAUCAUCGACGCCCAAUAGUAGUCAAUCGCCACCGCCGACACGUACCAUGUUCACGGAACAGGCGGUGGUGCAUGCCUCACAGUCGUUGACAUCAUUGACAAUGACCAAUACGACAAAUAAUACGUCAGGGUUGGGUUCACCCAGUCAUCAUCAACCCCAUCAUCCGAAUCAUCCUCCUCAGCAUUAUAAUGAUUUCAAGGAACUAUCAUCGACUAAUCAGGUUAAAUUUAACACUCAAAAGCAGCAACAUUAUAACACAGCAACAACAACAACAGCAACACAAUCUCAACAAACACACCAACAACAUAAUGUAUCAGCAUCAUCAUCAUCCGCUGCAUAUGCUUCUUCACAUGUUCAUCAUGGCCAUGCUCAUUCACAUUCCCAUGCUCCUCCACCAUCGGCCAGUCAUCAUCAUCAUCUUUCACAACAACAACAACAACAACACUUGAAUUUUGCCAAACAACAACACCAACAUUCGUACACCCUACCAUCAUCAUUACCAACAUCAUCGACUUCUACUUUAACAACAGCCAUGCAGAACACAACCACAUCAUCCAUGUUUGAUAUACCCAAAACCAUCAACUCCAACAUAGAACAUUGCUCCUGUGGUCUCACCUUCAAAGUGGAUCGCAAUACAAAUAAUCUUCUAAUGAUGUCAACAACAUCCACAUCAUUGUUGAAUUUAAAUAAUCCACAUUAUCAUCAAUAUUCCGAUAAUAAUACGACACGUUCACUGGAUGCCAACACCGCCACGCAUCUUGAUCAGGGGCUGGGGCAGGGACACUCAACAAGUUACAGCAGCAAAUCAUCACAUCAGCAUCAUCAGAAACAGCACGCCCGGCAUUGCCAUCAUCGUCGUCAUGAUUCGCAUGAUUAUGCUGUGCCGCAGCUGUUGCAAUAUCAACAGGAACCUCCCGAAAUUCAUACGCAUGAAUAUUUUUCUCAGGAGUCACAGGAAUCGUUGACCACAAAUACGGCCACCAUGGCUUUUAGUCCUCAUGCCACACAGCAGCAGCAGCAACAACAACAUAGUUGUCAUCGUCAUUCACAUAUAUUAGUUUUGGAUAACCCGGAGGCCGCUUCAGCAGCAUCUAUGAAUUCAAUGAAUUGCUAUGACUCAUCAUCCGAUAAUCAUCAGCUGGCUAACUUGUCAUAUGCUGCAAAUGAUUUUCAUGAUUCGAGUAUAUCCACCACCACUAUAACGGCCACGGGCUUCGAAAUGUAA